AUGACCACCUCAGAAUUUCAUCAACAUGCUGGGGCCUUUACGUGGGACAACCGCCAUGGGCCUCACCAGCUGGUGGAUUUUCCAUCACACCUCUCAUCCGACCUUCACCACUACUCUUUGAGUAACAUCCACAAACCUACUACUCUUCAUUUCACCCCGGUUGCUGACCAGGCGCCUCAGCGACCUCACAUCUCCACCCUCAAGUCUUGUAAAUAUCCCUCUCUCAAACGCCAACCAGAACAACAAAACACCUCUCAACGACCAUCUGUUGGUGCUGCUACCGGCUACCAACAUUUCAUGAACAAUGAUCGUCAGGAAAGAUCAAAGUUUGUCGACAAACUGAUCGAAACCACCGCAACUGUCAUAGAGUCCAUCUGGCCAAGCAACACUGCGAGUGGACGAAAAGAAGUGAUUCCUACCAAAAGCUUUAUUCAGGAAGUGUUGAAGCGAUCGAAAACCACCUAUUCGACCCUUCAAACCGCCUUGUUUUACCUUUUUCGGAUUAAAAACAUCAUCAUCGCUCGACUCGAGCAAAGAGCGGCGUCUGGCAAUACUGCAAAGCGAAACAGCAGUCAAUAUAGUACUGAUGACUAUAUUUGCUGUGGUCGACGCAUGUUUUUAGCUUCGUUGAUGGUCGCAUCCAAGUAUCUUCAAGACAAGAACUAUCGUAACAAAGCAUGGGCCAAGAUAUCCGGCCUGGACAUCAAAGAAAUUAACGGUGCAGAAACUGCGUUUCUACACAUCAUUGAUUACCGACUGUUUAUCAGCAAGCCUACCUUUGAUCGAUGGUUCACCUUGUUGAACUUGCAUGUUGACCAAAUGCAACAGCAAAACCAACUCUCAACCUCGGACGAUGCAAAGCCUUUGAGAGUGUAUCCUUCUCCUUCGAAUCCUGUUCGCCAUAGUCCUUAUCGGAAACCCGUUCAGCAACACUAUCCUUCACCACCUAAUUCCAUUCAUGAAUAUGACACCCUGUCACCCAAUGCUGCUAGUCAACUGAUGUUUACCUUACCCGAAAAUGUCAGAUAUAGCCCAUCUGAUGAAGAGGAAAUUACUUCUUCAGCCGUGCCACUGCGGUCUGAUGAAAUGACUCCCCCUUAUGCACUGUAG